UGCGGCGGCCAAUUGGCGCUCACUGUGUCGUGCGCGCACCGGCUCGGGGCCGCGCACGCAGGGUUUGGAAACUUUUAGCGGGAACGAGCACGUGCGCGUACCCGUGUUCUUUGUGUGGCAGCAAAGGGAAAGCGCCAAAAGAGUGACCAUGGCUGAUGAGAAACCGAAGGAAGGAGUGAAGACUGAAGGUAAUGAACACAUCAACCUGAAGGUGGCAGGCCAGGAUGGCUCCGUCGUGCAGUUCAAGAUCAAAAGACACACUGCGCUCAGCAAACUCAUGAAGGCCUACUGCGACAGACAGGGACUGUCCAUGAGGCAAAUCCGGUUCAGGUUUGAUGGACAGCCAAUAAAUGAGACAGACACGCCAUCACAAUUGGAAAUGGAAGACGAAGACACGAUUGACGUGUUCCAACAACAGACAGGAGGCGUGAUUUAAUCAACUGGCCCUUGGUGUCAUCUUUCCUCAUUUAACCGAACCGCAGCCUGGUAUAUACAUCAUUCUCAUCUUGUCCUAUUGAGGUUUAAAUGACUCUGCUGUACAGUAUUUUCAGUCUUGGCCCUGUUACCUCUGUACUAUUUGUACAUGAACCAAUCCAGAUCGAUGUUUCGGAUUUAGGUCGUCAAAUUGGACUGAUUCUCGAAUGAGUACUAUAAGAACUUUGCCAAUCACCAGGCUAGGUCCUGAGUUUUGCUAGUAAAUUGGUUCUCAAGGUGAGCUAUUUUCAAACUGUCUGUGAUGUUCACACUACUUAUAGAAUGUGGUCACAAGGGGCCAAACUAACCACCUGCAAAAUUGAUUGUCAUGAUCAGGUCACUGUGCGUGCUGGCCACUCGGAGCAUGUCAAUAAAUGUCUGGGCUUUAUCAAACUGUUGAAAUGGGCCUAAAACCUCACUUGUUGAUCAUAUGAAAAUUAAUUUGAUUAUUAUCCCUACAUGGUGGCGAAUCUGUGCACAA